AUGAUAAUCCUAUUUACAGGUUCCAUCUACUUCCUCGUCUUCCUUACACUCAAUGUCACCGAGAUCAUCAUGUGGUCGACCAACACAUUCAAAGACAUCAGCUUUGUCACGCAGUUCCUAAAUUCUAUCUUGAUAUCUCGGUUCUAUCUGAAUCUUCGUGAAGAGGUUCAUGGGAAUGGACUCGGUCCAGACACAUCCGUCAUAUCCGAUGUAAAUUUUGCUGCACAAGUCGUGGGGAACAUGGGAUCAACGCUGGAUCAUGGGAGUCAAGAUUUUGAAGCUUUCGAGGUCGAAGAAGAUGCAUCACACCAUGGGCACGAUGGACUAAACGGCGAUGACAUCAACUAG